AUGGCGGAGAAAGCGAUGCUUAAGAGGCUCAGUUCAUCUCUCUCUAACAGAACACCAAACACAAAACUAAACUAUGUCGCUGUUAGUUCAUCUGAGUCUCUGAGUAUGGCAGAAUCAUCCACCAGUUCUGGUGUUUCAGUUGAUCCCAAUUCCAGUGACAACAACAGGUUGUGGAAAGGGGCAUUUGCUGUCGCUGGAAUCAUGGUUACCCUCGUCACCUAUGGUCUCUUGCAGGAAAAGAUCAUGAGAGUAUCAUAUGGGGCAGAAAAAGAGUAUUUCAAGUAUUCACUGUUUCUUGUUUUCUGCAACCGCAUCACAACAUCUGCUGUUUCUGCUGGUUCUUUGCUGGCAAGUAAAAAGGCGAUGGACCCAGUAGCUCCCAUUUUUAAGUAUUGCUUUAUCUCGGUAUCAAACAUACUAACUACAACAUGCCAAUAUGAGGCCCUCAAAUAUGUUAGUUUUCCUGUUCAGACCCUUGCAAAAUGUGCAAAAAUGAUACCAGUUAUGGUCUGGGGUACCCUCAUCAUGCAGAAGAGAUAUCAUGGACCUGACUAUUUGUUGGCUUUUUUAAUUACCCUUGGCUGCUCAGUAUUUAUCCUGCAUCCGGCAGGAACAGACAUAAGUCCAUACAGUAGAGGAAGGGAAAAUACAGUUUGGGGUGUUCUCCUAAUGGUUGGCUAUCUUGGGUUUGAUGGCUUUACAAGCACUUUCCAAGAUAAGCUGUUUAGAGGCUAUGACAUGGAGAUACAUAAUCAGAUAUUUUACACAACAUUAUGUUCUUGUAUUCUUAGCCUGACAGGUCUUAUCUUACAAGGGCAUUUAAUACCUGCAAUAGAAUUUGUUUAUCACCAUCAUGAUUGUUUCUUUGACAUAGCAUUGCUUUCAACUGUUGCAACAAUUAGUCAAUUUUUUAUUUCCUACACAAUUCGAACUUUCGGUGCUCUGACAUUUGCAACCAUAAUGACCACAAGACAGUUGGUGAGCAUUAUGCUGUCAUGUGUGUGGUUUGCCCAUCCUCUUAGCUGGGAACAGUGGAUUGGAGCUUUUGUUGAUCGUCCCGAAAACCCUAUCAUUGUGAAUAACAACUUUGAAGAAGCCAUUGAUGUUUUAUGCCAGCAAAAGCGCGUCGAUGAAGCUGUGCAGUUGCUCCAUUGCAUUGAUCAUCGACCCUCUGCGCGCGUGUAUUCCACUCUCAACGCCGCUUGUGUUUGCCACCGCGCUCUCGAAUUGGGUGUUCGAAGAAAUUCCCAUACCAUAAAUGAAACUCAUGGGCAAGAAAGGAGGCGAAAAAGAUUGGAGUCUGUGUCUCGAGCUCCAAUAUCAUUGAGGGAAGAAGUCACGAGAAAAACACAAACCAAGCCAACCACUAACACCAAGGUCAAAUUGAGAUUUGAUCACUUGAAAAACCUUGCAGUGUGGGCCACCACCAACGACCAUCUCAGAUUGUCUUUGGCUGCCUUUUAUGGACACCAAUUCGCGUCCUUUGGAGAGGCCAAUGGGGUACCACCUGGUUCUUCUCUAAUGACUUGCCAAAGGUUUGGUUUGCUCUAUCCCUGUUUCAGUUUUGCUUACCUUUUUUAUCCUUGUCCUUCAAUGCCUUUUAUUUAG